AUGUUACUGACGAAUCCAGUGAUCGAUGAUCGUUCUAUGGUAGACUUCUUCCCUAAUAGUAGGAUCGUUAAUCUAGAUUUCACCAAAAAAUUAGAAGGUGAAAAAAAAACCUCUUACAAAAAACGGACCUGUCCACAAUAUAGAGGUAGUUUUGUUGAUUUUGUGGACUAUGUCCUCACCAAUGCUAUAAACUUUUCUCAAUCUAUUGAAUUACACCCAGAAGAAUUUGAUCAUGGUGAACCAGGUUUUAUCGAUAAAUUAUUCGGUUUUUCCAAAAUUAGAAAAAAUUUUAUAAAUUCUAAUUUAUGGUAUUCAUUUAGCGAACUCUCUUUUCUUACUCUUAAAAAUGUCUAUAUCAAUUCAUCAAACCUUAAAAAUUUACUCUUAUAUAACGCAAAUUUUAUAGCAGACCAAUGUCCUAUGUUAACAUCAAUAUCUCUUGCUAGAUGUAAUGUAUCUGUGACUGAUUUUAAUAUUUUCCCAAAGUUGAAUACUUUGACUAUCGAAGCAGGAUUAAGCCCAGUUACAGGUAUUUCAAAUACAACCACUUCACUUGUUGUAACAAGUACACCAGUUCCAAUUUUACCAGAUUCCACUUGGUUCAACAAACAAUAUUUUCUAUUUUACCUCCUAGAUACUAAUUCUUCUGGUACAUUGGAUAGUUUCGACCAAAUAUCAUCCAAAUCAUCAAUUAAGAUUGAAGGACAACAAAAGGAUAUAAAAGUUCAAUUGAAAGAUUCACAUUGUUUAUUAAAAACAUUUGUAAUCCCAAGUACUCUUUGGGAUAACACAACAUCGAUUCCUUCAUGUUUUUAUUGUUAUUGGUCAGAUUUAUAUCAAAAUCUACCAGCCAACAUUCCACCACGCCCUUUAAAUUAUAAUUGCAAUAUAAGCAUAGAUCAAUACAAAUACACUAUUCCAAUCGCUGGCUUUUUCGUUGAUAUUUAUGGAAAUAAUUUAGGAUAUGGAAAGUCAACCCGUCCAUCAAACAUGGUUCUUGGUAACCCAAACACCAUGUUAAAAUAUCCUGCUUACACACAAUUUGGAACUGAUACAAUAUCUUUUUCAACUGAAUAUAAUUAUACAUUCGAUAUUUUUUGGGCAGUACCUGUGAAAAUGGAUUAUAUUCAUACUGUUAAUUUAGAAUCUGGAGAUUUAUUAGUGAAAUCGUAUGGUUUAUUCAAUACAAUUUUACCAAUGAAUAUUACUGUUGGUGGAUUGGAUUGUCAAGUUGUUUAUAAUUCAUCGAGUCAAUUGAAUUGUAUCAUUCCCAAGUAUUCUACUUCUUCUCCACUUCCUAUCUAUGCUACAGAUUCCAUUACAAAUGUUACAAAAUAUAGUGCUCCAUAUUUCAAAAUUGAUUCAUUUGAUUUCAAGGAUAUUUUGACAAUUAAUGCAAACUUUGGUUUGAAUCCAUAUAAUGUAUCUGUACUUCUUUCGGAUCUCAAUUGUAAUAUUACAACUCUUACAGACUCCACACUACAAUGUAUUCCACACAAGAAUGUUACCAAUUCCAGAUAUUACAAUCUAUUGGUGUAUGCAAAUGCUUAUGAUACCUCUUUGAUUAUUCCUGGAAAAGAUGAUUGUGGAACAGGAUCAACUUGUAAUGCACAUGGAAGUUGUAUAAAUGGAGUGUGCAGAUGUGAUAAUGGAUUCAGUGGAUAUUAUUGCCAAUCACAAUUGAAUCCAGGUGUUGUCAUUCUUCCAAACAAUACAGAUCCAUCACCAACAAUCAUCGUUAGAGAUGGUUUGAAUUUCACAUUCAAUAUCAUUGCAAUUCAAGAGAUAGAUGAAUUAAGUUCAGUUGUAAGAGAAUUGAAAACCAACAAAUGGCUUCAAUCAACAACAGGAAAUGAAACAUCCAGCAUCACAACAUACAGUUUACAAACUUCGACAGCAGGAGUAGAUCAAAUCAAUGCAACAAUCGAAUAUUCAAAGAAUAGUAGAUUGAUUGAAUUUGCAGGACAAUCAACAUUAUAUCCAGAGAAUAGUUUAAAGCUAUUAAUAUCAAUCAAUAAUUGGUCAUUCAAAGACAGAUUAAAUCAAUUGAGGAUAUUAAUGGAAUCAAAAGCAACAGUUGAUUUAGGAUGUUCAGAAUUGAAUAUUGAUAUCAACAAUGGUUCGAAUGUCAGUUAUCUAACAAUGAUGAUUGAUGAAGUAACAUUCUAUGGUAGAUUCCUUCCUUAUGCAUUGGCAGACAACAAACCGAUUUUAAUUCAAAAUCAAGUUGUCAAUCAAACAAAGGAAUCGGUUGUCGUUGGAAUGACACUUCCUUAUUGUGAUAGCUGUGUAAUAGAUCCUGAUUUCUCAGUGUUGAUCAAUCCAGAUAAAACAGCAAGCAAAUGUUCAUCGAAAAAGUUUGAAUCUUGGAAGAUUGCAACCAUUGUUGUCGUUUGCUCUGUUGUUAUAUUAGCAUCAGCAAUAACAUCUGCAAUUGUAUUGCGAAAAAAAAUAAGAUACAGUCGUGAGGAAAAGAAAAUGGAAACAAGAAUGAGUUCCAUUAAAUAA